AUGGUCGCAUCUCCCGGCUGUAGGUCCCGCCAACUCUUCGCGGACGCGAGAACUUUCGUCAUCGUACGGGCCCCGAGCGCGUUGCGACGCGUCUCUCGGCGAACGGCGCAUGCAUGCAGCAUCAGCAUGUGUCUCCUUACGUUCGAGCUGACAGAUCACCUCUUCGUGACACUCAGUACCACCCGCAACACCGCCUCGUCGUACUGGGCAAGGUCGGUCGUCGAGCAUCUCCAUCAUACCGGCUACACCAUCACGUUCGCCCAUCACUCGACGGAACGAAGGGCGAAGAUCCCCUCUGCAGCGACAGGCACCCUCGACUCGAGAUGGCCGAGAGCUCGAAUCGGCAUCCAAACUCGCCGCUUACAAGAAGAAGGAAGACAUCGGCUGGAGGAUCUUUGGAUUGCCGCCACGAGGUGCCGCCUCCUCGACCCGGGACUCCAAGGGGAAAUUGCCCCAAAUCGGGGUCCCACUUCCACGGAGGUGCUUUCUGCGGACCCUGGUCAUUGUCGGGACCGUAGUCAUAGCUGGCUGUAUUGUCUGGCUUGUCGUCAUCUUCGACCGGGAACCGGCCCGGGAACCUCUGGUCAUCCGUGAGUAGAGCAAAUGACGUCAAAUUCCUCGCCCUACCAGGGUAGCUCAGCUCACCCACGCUUGCUCGCUUGUUCGCACGAUUCAGCAUACCGAGAAUGGGACACCGUUCCGUAUACUCAUCUCGACUACUCAAACCCCAUCGCUCUACGGCCCAUGACUCGACUAUUCCACGUCGCAAAGGAAUUCGGUCCGGCGACGAUGGGAGGACUCGGCGUGAUGCUGACCUCGCUCGUGGUCGCGCAAGCCCAGUCGGGCCAACUCGACGUCUCUGUGAUUCUCCCGCACUACUCUUACCUCAACUCGAUUACCGAGCUCAAGGACCGGAUCGAGCUCGUAGCCGAACUGCAGGUGCCUGUUGUCAGUUAUCGAGGUCACGUCCAGCACGUCGCCUGUCCCGUGUCUCGACUUCGGUGGCAAUACGUCGACGUGCCCGAUUUCUUGGACGCAGAAGUGGAGAUUGAGGCGAUCCACGAACGCUUUAUCGACAUCUACUUGAUCGGUCCCGGCAAAUCCCACCCCUUCCACGUCGCUUUCCGAGCCAAGGACCCAGGAGAUGUCUACUCGGCGUACAAGCCGCUGCGCCAAGAGUGGAAGGACCUGUGGUUCGCGUCCGCGACCGCCGAGUUCAUCGGUCUGAUCAACGCGCACCCGGCCACAAUCGAUGGCUCUUCCGGCCUCGUCGACCUCGUGCAUCUCCACGGCGCGACGAACGCGAUGGUUGCCUACUACAUACGACAGCAAGAGGCGCAGAACCACAAUGCCACGAUCCCUGCAAUCAUCUACACGCUCCAUGACUCGCUCGAUGAAGUCGAGUACUCGAACCUCGUCUCGAACGCCGUUUCUUUCCUCUCGCCGAUCGAGCACCAAUCGCCCUUAGCACACUUGCUCGUCACCCGACUGCCCAAUUAUGUGCACAGCGCACAGCUGUUCCCUGCGGCCAUGGGUGUUGAUCUCGCCGAUAUGGUCACAUUCGUCUCGAGAUCGAUCGCAGCCGAUAUCACCGAAGGACGUUUCACCUUCCGCCUUCAGGAACUCAUCAUGCCCUCGAUCGCUGCGCAGGCCAAACGCGGUCACUUUGUCGGCAUCACGAACGGCAUCGACUUUACUGAUCUAUCCAAGAACCCGUUUGUCGCGCCUUUGCUUGUCGAGCGGGGUGCCGCUUUCCCUCGGAUUGGGUCUAAUCUGCUCAGAUCUUCGACGCUCGAGGACGAAGCGCUCUCGUUCGUCGCCGCCAAGCGACGCGCCAAGCAGGCCUUGAUCGACGCUCUGCCGAUGCAUUUCUCUGAGGCUGAUCUUCGACGACCCAUACUACUCUUCAUCGGGCGUUUUCAGUACAACAAAGGUUGUGAAUUUUUCGAACCCAUCCUCGAGAUGCUUCUCGAAGCGCAAAGGACGGCCGAGGCUUUCAAAGACGAUGGGCAAGCGGCCCAUCACCAAUUCAACGCACGGCUCGUCGUCAUGGGUGCCCGGAACAACUAUCCGAUCCAAGAACUGCGGCGUUUACAACAGUGGUACCCACGUCACUUUACUUUGAUCGAUGACACGACCGAUCUGCAAUCGCAGUGGGGCUCGAUGAUCCGCAUGGCCAGCGAUUUUAGUUUCGUCCCUUCCUUCUCCGAAGCGUUCGGUCUCGUCGCGGCCGAGGGCUUGCUCUUUGGUGCUCCCGUCAUCUCGACUGGCGUUGGCGGCCUGGCCGAGUUCCUUGUUCCUUUCGACAAAGAAUUCAAGAAACCCUCAUCAGCUGGCAAUGCCCACUUGUUCCAAUUGUACGGCGGUGUCGGCCCUGGUGAAGGGAGUGGAACGCCGGGAGGCGAACUCAGUCUCCAAGCUGACCAAGCGCGACCGAGUUUGGAGGAACUCGACCCGGCGAUUCGUCGUUGCAACACCGUCGUCGCCUCUGCGAUUCGAGGAUGGCAGGAACGGGCCCAUGAUUGGGCCAGAGUUGAGCAAGAACGAUUUGUUCGGCGUUUGGUCGUGGAUGCUCUGGAGCUGAGUUGGGAUAGGCCGAACGGACCUGUUGAAGAGGUGGGUCUUGGCUUACUAACGGGGGAGCAGUCGCGCGCUUUCCCUCGGAUUAACGAUCUCACCUUUGAAUCUAUCGGUACAGUUCACUCGCGUUUACGACGCGGCCCUUCGUGUAUCACGUGCGCGACCGAUUGGCGGACGCGCUCACUGGGUCGAUCAUCAUCCUCAUCCGCCUGCAGCUACGUUGACCGAGAGCGCGCCGCCGGAAAUCGUGGCGACCGCUGUCGUUCACUUACCCAUUUACAAGAUAUGGACCACCGAUAAUGAAAUCCGAAGACAACCACAAGCUCCGAUCGUGGCGCAUCUUUUACCCGAAGCAGCGAAGAGUAAAGGUAAUGGCGGGUCAGGCUCAAGCAAGAAAGGAGGCGCCAACGGCUCGGGUGCUCGAAGCAAGAAGCCUUCAACGACAUCGGCCCUCAAAAAUCACUUCCACCAAAAGGCGAAAGCUCAUUCCACGCACCACGAGCAUAGGAAACCGAGUCCGCAUCGAAGACCGAAGAGCGGGUCCAAGCAGAUGAAGGCAAAAUCUGCGGCACGGCGCCGUAGAUGA